AUGUCUUACGGUGUAUAUCACCGUUUAUUGAUUAAUGCGAUAACAUUCACGACGCCACUGACUGAUCGACAGACGGCAGAUUUGGAUGUGAAAAAUGACUGGAACAAAGCAGUGGUUUUUAAAAUGAAGACGACCAGGCCGGACGCAUUCAAAAUGAAACCCGUCUAUGGAAUCAUCAAUCCAAACAGCAAGGUACUCUUCAGCCUAUAA